AUGAGGCGGUGCACGGAGUGCCGCUCCAUGUACUCGCUCAUGUCGAUGCGGCAGAUGAACGACUCGUCGUCAAAGAGGAACUUCGCCAGCUGCUUGCACACCUCCGUCUUGCCAACGCCGGUGGGGCCGAGGAAGAGGAAGGAGCCAAGGGGGCGCUUGUGUGAGUGCAGCUCCGCACGUGAGAUGCGCACGACGUUCGUGAUGGAGGCGAUUGCCUCGUUCUGCCCCAGCACGCGCUUGCAGAGUUCGCUGUCCAUGUGGAUGAGCUUCUCCCGCUCGCCCGUCAUGAGUUUCUGCACCGGGAUGCCGGUGGCGCGGGCGAUGACCUGCGCAAUGUCGUUGGCGGUGACGGAGUCGUGCGUGAGGAAUCCCUCGACCUUCGUUGCCUGCUUAUCCACCUCGAUCUCCUUCUUCAGGGCGGGGAUUCGGCCGUGGAGGAUCUCGCUGGCCCGCGCGAAGUCGCCCUCCGUGCGUGCCUGCUCGUAG